AAAAAUGAAUUUGGAAGACGUGAGCAUCGCUCCCAUUCUAAAUGGUCAAGCCUCCACUGUUCUCCCAUUUCAUAGAUUCGAAUCUGCUCCCCAGAACAUUCCAAAAUCCCCGCCACAAAACCCAUCAUAAAUGCGAAUCAAACCCUAAAAAUUCUCACACUCGUUCAAUUUCCACUAGCCUUUAUAAAUCCCUCUCUCUCGGCUCUUCCCAGAAAAAAAAACCACCCUUGAACACCACAAUCGCCAGCUCCAACCUCCGCCUCUUCCUCUCUUGACUCUCCUCUCCACCUUUCGCCUCCAACGGUCUCUCUCCGGCGCUCCGUUCGGCUUCCGCCGAAAAACCCUUUUGGCCGGAGGCGGGGCGGGCUCGGGGGAGGCGAGUUUGGAAUUUGGGGAUUUCUGGGUGUUUGAGAUUUUGGGCGGUGGGUCAUCGGAAAUGGCCAUGGCGGUGGCGUCGCCGAGGAAGUCCCUGAAUGCGGUGUUCCAGAGAGUUGGGGGGUGCUAUGGGUACGGAAUGGACCAGAACCAUUCCUCGGAUGAUGAGCGAAUGGUCGAGGAAGAGGAGGCGAACAUGGAGUUGUUGGAGAUGGGGGCGGAGAGGACCAAGAAUGUGUUGAUCUUGAUGAGUGAUACGGGAGGUGGGCACAGGGCUUCUGCCGAGGCAAUUCGUGAUGCGUUUCGAUUGGAAUUUGGGGAUGAGUACAAGAUAUUUGUGAAAGAUGUUUGGAAAGAGUACACCGGCUGGCCAUUGAACGACAUGGAGAGACAAUACAAGUUCAUGGUGAAACAUGUCCAGCUUUGGAAGGUUGCAUUCCACAGUACAUCGCCACGGUGGAUCCACAGCUUCUAUCUCGCUGCAAUUGCCGCCUUCUAUGCCAAGGAGGUUGAGGCUGGUUUGAUGGAGUACAGGCCAGACAUUAUCAUUAGUGUCCAUCCUCUAAUGCAACACAUUCCCUUAUGGGUUCUCAAAUGGCAGGGUCUUCAGAAAAAAGUAAUCUUUGUUACAGUCAUUACAGACCUCAAUUCUUGCCAUCCCACAUGGUUUCACCCUGGGGCAAACAGAUGCUACUGCCCCUCACAGGAAGUAGCCAAGAAGGCUUUACUUGAUGGCUUAGAGCCUUCUCAAAUCCAAGUAUUUGGCUUGCCCAUUCGACCCUCUUUUGCCCGCGCAGUCCUCUCUAAGGACGAUUUAAGGAUAGAGCUUGAGAUGGACCCAGUGUUGCCUGCAGUUCUGCUGAUGGGAGGAGGCGAAGGAAUGGGUCCUGUUGCGAAAACUGCGAAGGCCCUGGGUGCAUCAUUGUUUGAUGAAGAACUUGGGAAACCCAUUGGCCAACUGGUUGUUAUAUGUGGUCGUAACAAAUCCUUAGUCUCAUCUCUUGAAUCCAGUGAAUGGAAGAUCCCUGUUAAGGUAAGAGGGUUCGAGACCCAAAUGGAAAAAUGGAUGGGAGCUUGCGACUGCAUAAUUACAAAGGCUGGACCAGGUACAAUUGCAGAGGCAUUGAUUAGGGGGCUCCCCAUUAUCCUCAAUGACUACAUUCCUGGACAAGAAAAGGGUAAUGUCCCUUACGUGGUAGACAACGGGGCAGGUGUCUUCACUCGAAGUUCAAAAGAAACAGCCAGGCUUGUGGCCGAAUGGUUCAGCACCAAGACAGAAGAACUCAAGCAAAUGUCAGAGAACGCGCUCAAACUAGCACAACCUGAUGCAGUUUUCGACAUUGUGAAGGAUCUUCAUGAACUUGCAGGCCAGCGCAGCCCUCUUGCCAAAGUCCCCUACACGUUGACAUCGUCAUUCACCAGCCUGAUCUAAUAUUUCGACAGGACCAAGUCUAAGGGUUGUCCUUAAUAGAAUGCCGUGUACAGCUAGCUUUAAUAUUGUCAUUCUUUGCUUUCAGGUUUAGUUAUAUAUGUAAAUCGUUGAUAUAUAUGUAUAUAUACAUAAAUAUAUAUAUAUACGUAAAUAAUCUGAUAUA